GUGUUUUCCAGUUCUCUUUUUUAAACCAUGGCAGACCAAGGCAAUGAACCUUUUCUGAAAGACGGGAUUACUCAGGAUAAUUUUGAGGCGUACCAGAACUCCCUAUUUGCGGCGCUGACCCAAGUCACAAAGGCAUCCAACUUCCUCAAAGCGAACGAACUGACCUUUUACAAGUCAUUGUCUCCCAAGUUUGACGAGCGCCUGACAAAAACUGGAGACAAUCUACUUGGACUCUGCAACGAUCUACUUGCUCAUGCCGCCGGGGGAUCGACAAUUGGCGGGGAUCGCUUUUCUAGUUUCGAGGAUGUGGAGGAUGUCAUAGAUCACUAUGACACGGUGGUGGAUACGGUGGACAACCUUUUGGAGAAGGCGGAUAUAUGUCUAGACGAAGUCACUGGUCGAAUAAAGAAGAACGCUCCUGGGAAUGUACCCGGCCAGAGUGCUCCGGUUAUGUUACAAGUGCAAGCCACGGGAGGAAAUAAGGGAAAUUUCAACGUCAUUCACGCACAGAACAUUCUACGACCACAGCUAAAGUUCGAGGACAAAAUCGACAACUCUAAUCGACCAUUCGUACGCAAAAUCACACAUAAACCAAACGCAUUGCAACCGCUAAACUAUGGCAUGCCUGGCACACCCGAUAUAUCACCUGAAAUGAGUGAUCACUUGAGAACACUAGGAAUCACCGAUGCAAGUUCGUCACACUACAGCCUUCCUCACCCCUAUGAGUACGAGAUACAGAAUAUUGAAUAUCCUGCUCAUAUGUUUGAGGCGCGUCCUGAGGAGCUUUAUGCAGCGAUGGAUCAGACUCCGUAUACAUGGAUCGACACUGAGGAGAAGUUGGACGAGCUUGCGGCACUCCUGGAAUCUGUCAAUGAAAUAGCGGUUGAUACAGAGCACCACGACUAUCGCUCGUUUCAAGGCUUUGUGUGUCUUAUACAGAUAUCGACAAGAACAGAGGAUUUCAUUAUUGAUGCGCUUGCUGUUCGAAGUCACUUGCACGUAUUAAACUCAAGUUUUACGAACCCUAAAAUCGUAAAGGUCUUUCAUGGUGCGGAUAUGGAUAUUCAGUGGCUUCAGCGGGACUUUGGACUGUACAUUGUGAAUCUAUUUGACACAUAUCAUGCAUCUCAUGUAUUGGAAAUGGCGCAUCACGGCUUGGCGUUUUUGCUGAAGUACUACUGCAGUGUUGAAACAAAUAAGCAGUAUCAGCUAGCAGAUUGGAGGAUAAGACCUUUACCCACCGAAAUGCUUAAAUAUGCGCGCAGUGAUACACAUUACUUAUUGUACAUAUAUGAUCGAAUGCGGAAUGAAUUACUGAAUAUGUCAAAUCCAGAAACCCAAAACCUUCUGCGUGCAACAUUGGACCGCUCUCAGCAAACAGCUUUGAAAAGAUACGAGAAAGAGAUAUACGAUUCGGAAAAUGGCCGGGGAGCAAACGGCUGGCGGAAUGGUUUGCGCAAAUACGGUGGUGCUCUCAAUGCGGAGCAGUUUGCGGUUUUUCGCGCAAUCCAUGCGUGGAGAGACCAUAUCGCAAGAGAAGAAGACGAGUCUCAGCGAUAUGUCCUUCCAAACCACAUGUUGUAUACGCUGGCCGACCGAAUGCCAAUCGAACCGCAAGGCGUACUAGGUUGCUGUAGUCCAGUGCCCCCGCUGGUCCGCCUUUACGCAUCGGAUAUAGCGCUUCUCAUUGAGAACACUCUUGUGGAAGCUAAGCGCGCAAAGGAAAAUAUGGAGGCCGAGCUGAAAAGGGUCCGGGAGGAAAUCGCCCAGAAGGAGAAAGAAUGGCAGGAGAGGAAAGCGAAGGGCCCUAUCCAUAUUCGCUUUGAGGAGAGGGACGACUUGGACGCUGACUCAGUAGACAGCCCCGUACCAACACCACUGCCAACGGUUGAACCGCUUCCAAUAUCAAAGUUGUUUGGUGCACCGCAAAACGACGGUUCUGCUACACCGAGCAUCGCGCGAGUAAUGGUCACAACCCACUCCAUUUUCAGUGAAGGUACCGUUGAAGGCGAGGAUGAGGAGGAAGUGGCAGCCCGGAAGAUGGCCGAGCAGAUUAGGAAAAGCUUAUAUAUGGUGGCACCUUCUGCGGCCUUGCUACUGAAGCGAAAGCGUCCACCAUCCGACCAACAAGCGCCUGCAUCUGCGGCUAUGAAGGAAGAAUCAGGGCCGAAAGUUGCAACUCCGAUGAAUGUUAGUGAUAUAUCCAGUGCAUCGUCUGCAGUGUCUCCGGACCGCGACUCGCCCGUCAAUGGAGCUGCGGCCAGCUCUGGCGACGUUAUAUCCCUGGAAGACGAAGAGGUGGAAAUAGUGAAAGUUAAAGGGAAUUCCAACAAGAAACGGAAGAAAAACAAAAAAGCGGCCGGCCUCCCAGCGAAUCAAGGAAAGCAUACAAAUCGUGGGCAACCCACAGGUUCGUUGGAGCCUUUCGAUUACUCCAAAGCUCGGAGCGCCGUCGCUGACGCCAUGGACGCCCUUACCCUUAAGAGUGAUGAUGAUGAUACUCCAAAACAACGCUCGAAAGGGGCGAAAUCAUCCACUGUAUAUAACCCAUAUGGUGCCGCACCAGAAACAAAAGAGAAAAAAGCACCCCGUCCAACCGUCCGACCAAGAUCUGGCAACAAGAGUGGUACCUUCCCUCGCAAAUGAUUCAGUUACAUUUCGUUCAGUCUUUCUAGUGCCCUCUUAAUAGACAGAUUUACAUAGGGGUUCGCAGUGGUGGUAGGAUACCUGUAUUUAUUGGUUGGCAAAGAUAUCAAAAACUUGGCUCCGGCUGUCUAUGAAGGGCAAAUGAAAGGCGCUUGCGCCAGUACGUUCAAUACAGCCAUCAUCAAAGUGACACA